AUGGGUAAAAAAACCAAUAAAAAAAAUCAACAAUUAAAUUCCACCGACAAUAUAAUUCAUAAAUCACCACCAACCCCACCUUCUUCUCAAGCAUCACAAACAACAUUGGUUAAUGGAAAUUCCACUGCUUCAGAUAAUAGUAAAAAGCAACAUGAUAAAGAAAUUGAGCCUUCCGCUUUUAAAAGUAAUAACAAUGGAAAAAAAUCAUCAAAAUCAAAUUUUCUUGUCAACUUUUUCUCAUGGAAAAAAAUAUUACUAAUAUAUAUCUUUGGUGUAAUAUUUGGUUGUUACGAGAAAAAACGUGAAGAAUGCUCCGAGAUGGGAGAAUUGUUUUGUUUCAACGGUUUAUCUCAAUACAUCUUAAAAAACGAUUGGUUUAAACAUUACGUUGAACCCGGUAUCAUUAGAUUAAAUGCUGAUGCAGUAGUAUAUACUAAUAAAGCUCAUGAACUAAUUUAUCCACAUUAUGAACUACAUGCAAAACCUCAUGUUGACACCUAUAUAGAAAAAUCUCGACCAUACUUGGAACAUACUAAAGUUUGGACUACAGAAAAUGUUUAUUCACCAACCAAGGAUACUCUUCAAAAAUCAUUCGUAAAAGUCGGAUCACUUUAUAAUCAACAUGCAAAAGAACAUGUCAACAAAUAUUAUUAUAAAACAAAAGACCUGUUAACCAUCUAUAUAAGCAAAGUUCAAAUCUAUGUAUUGAAGGCUUAUGAAUCGUCAAUAAGUUUCAACAAUAAAAAAGUCCAACCUUUUUAUCGAUCGGAAGUUAAACCACGUUUGAUUGCAUCAAAAGUUAAAGUUGUUGACUUUUAUAAUCAUAAAAUGGUCCCAUUCGCUAAUCAACGUGUUGAAGAUUCCAAAUAUUUAAUUAAUAAGGUAAUAAUACCUGCUUAUCAUGAUCAUGCCGAACCUCAUAUAUUACAAGUAAUCAAAGUUGUCAAAGAGUUUAUUGAAAAAAUGAAACAACAACUUGCUGAAUUGACUAAUCCAGACGAUAAAAAAGUUGCUGAAAAAGCUGCCGCCAAAGAAGCUGAAAGAAAAAGUAAAGAAGAAGCAAAACUAGCUGAAAAAACCCGUAAAGAAGCAGCAGAACAAGCCGAAAAGAAACGUAAAGAAGCAGCAGAACAAGCAGAAAAGAAACGUAAAGAAGCAGAACAAGCCGAAAAGAAACGUAAAGAAGCAGAACAAGCUGAAGCAGCAGCAAUCAUUGCAACUAAAAAAUCUAUUCAUGAAACAACCAAAAAUCUGUUACCUAUUCUUAAACAAAACCUUGCAACACUACUUAAAAAUUACGAGAAUAAUUCAAUCAAAUUAAAAACUGAAAGUGAAAAUGACAUCGACUCAAAGGUUUCAACAUACAAAACAUUUUGUGAUGAUCAAACCUCCAAAAUUGAAAGUGUUCAAGAUGAUAAGGAAAGUACCGACUUCAAUGAGAAAAUCAAACAAAUUCUUAAAAAUGUUAACGAGAGAGGACGUGAAACAAUUGUAGGCAUAUCAUUACCAUUAAAGGCUUUUAAUAGUAAAUUAAAUGAAUCUGAUGACCAAUUUCGUAAUGACAAAUCAACACAAAUUGAACAAACAAAGUCAAAGAUUUUUGAAACAGUGAAGGCUAAUAACAAGAAAUACGUUGACGAUGAAUUGACUAACUUUGUUCAACAAGAGAUCAAUACAGCUUCAGUAGAGGUCGAUCAAAAAUUUCAAAAAAUAUCUUCAAAAAUUAAUACUAACGAUAAGGUUAUUAUUGAAGAUAAAAUAAAUUCAUCGAAUGAGAAAAUAAAAGAGUUGAGUAGACAAGUUUUAGAAUUUGGUAAAAAAGUAAGAAAUUUAAUCAUUAGUAGAAAUAACAAAGAAAAAAGUAAAGUGGUUGAUAGCACUACUCCUAGUAGUAAAACCGUCAAUAAUAAACAAGAAGAAUCAGAAACAACUCCCAAAUCAAAAGUAGAAUCACCACAACUUUUGGUUCAAUCACCUGAUCUUGUUUUAAAAACUGGAACAAAUGAAAAGUAA